AUCGAAGUUCUUAGAGUUUAAAAUAUGAAGCUAGGGAUUAGUGCAAAGAUCGAAGCCCCCGAGUUAGGGUUUGGAGAGGGCUCGUUUCGUUACUGUAAGGAAGACGAUUGCAGAUGAUCGUCACCAUAGGAUUCGUUGAAUCGACGUUCUUAGCAGAAAAAUAUGUAUUCGUUACCCUUCGGUCAGUUUACAUUUAUUGGAUCGUUGUUCAAAUAUUGCUGUGAGAUUAUGUAAAAAUGAUACAUGUUUGCUCCAAUGUAGAUGUUGUUGAAUGGGCAGAAUCCCUUAGAGUUUCACAAAGAGAAUGUCGGAGUGUUUCCGACAUAAGGGGGUUUGCUGAGUGGGAUAGGCGUCAAUGUCAUCUCAGAUUAUGGAUAAGUCUUUUGACCAUUUCCUGAUCCGCGAAUUCUUCGCAUUCAAUAAAAGAAUAGUCUUUCUCCCUUAACCAUUCAUUAGGUCUUUGAAUACCCAUUUAUACCCCAAUGUCAUACAGCUUCAUCAGUAUACUUCCACCUCAAGAUUGGGAUUAUUAUAUUAAGUAUUCUGUUAUGGAUCCUAACCCCAAAAGAUUACUCUUUCUGUUGUAAUAUAUUAAACAAGAGGAAAGUGUUUUGGAUAAACCUGCCACCUACUUUUGCUCUCCUACUAAUUUCUCUUAUCCAUUCGUAAAUUUGGCAUUUCAAUCUUUGUGCGCAUUCGUUCAUUCUUCUUCCUUUCUACCUAUUUAUUCAAAGUUUAUUGUGGGAGAGUAAACAAAGAGAAAAAGACAAAAGAAAAAAAGUCGAGAAAAACAAAAAAGAUGUUGGCUGUAUUCAAGAAUGGUGUGGUGGAUCCACCAAAAGAGUUGCAUAGCCCAGCUUCAUCCAAGGCUGUUGGGAAAGACAAGACUCCAGAGGAGACUCUCAAGGAUUGCUUGGCUUCAGAUCCUAACAAUGGCGUCUCCCUUGAUUUCUUAAACAAGGUUAUCAUGGCUUACGUCCCACCUCGACCCUUGGGCAUGCCACACCAGAGGUUGUUCUGUAGUGUGGAUGAUGUACACUGCAUGUUCUUGGGGAAUUUGAACAACUUGUGCAACCUCAAUAAGCAAUAUGGGCUUUCAAAGGGUGGAAAUGAAGCCAUGUUUGUGAUUGAGGCCUACCGGACCCUCCGUGACAGGAGCCCAAUUCCGGCCCAUCAGGUCCUUAAGGAGCUAGAGGGCAGUUUUGCAUUUGUGAUCUAUGAUCACAGAUCUGAUACUGUGUUUGUUGCCCUUGGUGCUGAUAAAGCAGUGAACCUGUUCUGGGGUGUAGCAGCUGAUGGCUCUGUCAUGAUCUCAGAUGAUGUUUCCCUCAUAAAAGCAAGCUGUAGAAAAUCAUUCGCUCCAUUCCCACCUGGUUGCAUGUACCAUAGCGACAGGGGACUGAUAAGCUUUGAGCAUCCAAUGUAUAAGAUGAAAGCCAUGCCUAGAGUUGAUAGUGAAGGGGCAAUGUGUGGAGCAUAUUUUGCAGUGGAUGCCUAUUCUAAGGUUAAUAGCAUGCCUCGGGUCGGGAGUGAAGCCAACUGGGCAACCUGGGGCUGACCGCCUUCUAGUGUUUCUGGUGUUUCCUCCAUUGACAUGGAUGCUAGCCAAACAAUUUCUUAUUAUCAUUAGGUAUUAUCUUUGUUCAAUAAUCUCGUGGUAUGUGUAUAAUGGCAUUAUUAGGUUUCGUUUCUUUUGUUUGCCCUCAGUAUGUAAAUACCAUCUUUGAGGUGUUUGGACUUUGUUGUGAAGAAAUGCUCUUCGACGACAGUCGUGUAAAUUUGGUUGCAGUACAGUUGGUCUUUGCAGGGGACGGUUUGUUGUUGUGUAGCGUCCAUUCCAAUGGCAAUUAAUCUGAAAAGAAUUACUUUUCAGUUUCUAAUUAUA